CUUCGCACAAGCAUGUGUUACCGUAACAUUGUAUCGGUUGCUUUACGAGAUGUCAUGCAGGCAUUGUGCCAGGUUUAUUUGCUAGUAUAAUAAGCGCUGUCUGCGGGGUAAUCCUUGUUUGGAGCCCAUCUUCUCCAUUAUUGUUCCAGCAGCUGUAUGCGUGUGUAUUUAACCAUUUUACGCUUAACUGGAUUUCAUUAUCCGUGAACAGCCGAAAAAAUAUCUUCUUUCUGUUUCUUUUAUUUAACCGUGACAACAAGGCGAAGUCAUAAAUUGGCUGUCAGUAUGCUUCAGAUGAUUUGACCAAAGAUGAUUUGUCUAAACUAAAGCAACGGUAUAAAUAUAAAUAGCGUAUCCCCCUUACACCCUUAUCUAUGGGAGAUGACUUAAAAGUAAAAAAAAAAUUGGGGUGUGUAUGUGACUUAUCAUCAGACCGACUAGGUAGACGUUAUUUGAUUUACAUAUUAUAUAUAUAUUUUUUAAAAGUCAGGUGUUACAUUUGUAGGUCUUUUAGUCAGAAAGCAUUUUUUCUCUCUUGAGCAGGGUGUUGGGUUUAGAGAGCAAAGGCAUGCCAUGACACGUUUGUUUCCUGCAUCCACAGCUCAUACAUAAAGUUUAAAUUACCUGAAUGAAUACUGCUUUUAUUUUUAUGGUUGCUGACUCUUCAAACGUGUGUGUCGACUGGCAAAACAUCACAGCACUUUGCAUAUCGGUCAAUCCUUUUUCCUCUUGUUCUGAUGAUGAGGCCAUGAAGUACAUUUCUAAAGGUUAACAGUAAAUGAUUGUAGAUAGGGCUGUCACGAUUAUGAAAUUUGGUCGACAAUUGUUUGUUUUAUUCAUCUAUUAAUUUUCUGUUUUAGGGCUUUGACGAUUAUGACGGUUAAUUGUCUGCUUUAGAGUUUUGACAUUUAAUUCUCAUACAAUUUUUAUUCAGCUCUGAAACGACUAUAUUGUUCGGGAUAUAGGAGUCGUCAUAUAUUUAAGGGUUAGACUUUUACUUGUCAAAAAUACAACUGCCAAAUACUUGUAAAUUAAGGAACUUGAUUGAAACCCACCUUUAAAAUACUAUCAGUCAUAGAAAUGCUUCUAGUCAGAUUUUAUCUCACUUGCAAGAUUACAAUAAAUUUGUACUUCCAUGUUAAUAAAAUUUUGGUAGACUGGUUUUCAAAAUGAGAUUACCUUGUAUCAAAUUAAAUUGUAGGGCAGGUUAUUUUUAUGGUAUGUGCUUUAGUUUUAUUUUAAGUGAUUGUAUUUUGGUGGUACAUUUCACAAGUUUGACCAUGCUUUAGUUUCAAUAUAUACACUAAAAUAUGCAGUACAGCUCCCCCAUAGUGUCUUCUAUGAAGAUGUGCAACAAUUGCGAUGAUCUGAAACCAUCGCGAUGAGGUCAAACAAUCGCAAUGAGACGAUUAUAUAAUAAUCGUGACAGCCCUAAUUGUAGCUCUAAAAUAAAACGUAUAAAAUAUAUAGUCAAGGCCUUUUAAGUGCGUCUAGCUCUCCACGGAUUGUUUUUCAUGUUUUUCUGCUUGUUUUCCAUUGCAAAGGUUUUUAUCAUAUGAGAUGCAAAUAUAUGGCUGGCAGGAUUUUUUUUUCUUCAUAUUAUCACGCAUUCCUUAGAGGCCUGCACUGAAUGUGGCUUUAAUGUUUUAUAAAAGCCUCUCUAAAAAUCGCAUUGUUGUCAAAUUUAAAUUUUAAAUGUGACUAAUGUUCUGUGUUCAUGGUCAUUCAUGAAAUAUUGAAAUGUUUUCUCUGUACUGCGUUUAAUCAUCUUUUUCCAUUAAUAUACCCUUAAUGAUUUGCUUGUGUUACAUUUGCAUAUAACCACUGCAAAAUAUAUUUCUGCCUGUUUGAGUGUUGCUCUCCAGGAUAAUUACCUAAAUUGUUUAAUGGUUUUUAAAAAAUCACGGCUGUGGAUAAGUAAACAUCUGGAAAAUGAAUAACACAAGUUUUGUCACAUUCGUCUAGUCUGGUUAUUCAUGAAAUCCUUUUGCUUCAUUCCUCCUCUGAGGGGAAAGUUCAAAACUUUAAAAUAUCAGCAAAAGUUUCUUUUGGAUAAGCUGAUUUCUUUAUGCAUACUUUGUCAGAUCUUUGUUCUAAAAUGUAAAUCCCUGUUGUAAUUAGGCUGAGCCUGAACCUACCAGCUAAUGAGGUGCACAGUUAAUCUGGGUAUGCAAAGCAGUCUCCAUGUUCUUUGGAUAACAAUAUGGCUUCAGAAGUCACCGAAUUUGAUCUGUGAAGUGCAAUGAGGAGGUUCUUUGAAUAGGAUGGAGGAGAAGCAAUCUCUGGUGCAUAUAACGUGUCUAUAAGUUUUUUGUGUUUUGAUCACAUUGAAGCAAACCUCACCUGUUUUACCUCAUUUAACCAGCACUUUGCAAAUAAUUGGUUUUGUGCCUUGAAACCCUAGUCUAGCACAACACCGUAGACUCUUUUUGUACCCUGUUUCUUUUUACCCUCCAAAAGCGAUCCAAUUAAUAUGCUAAUGAGAUUAUAAAUAUUUAUGAACAUUUAAAUUAGGGAAAAAGCUCUCAGAGCGCUGUGUGAAAUGAAUUGCUUGCAGGACUUCAAAGCAUCGCUCGGCUAAUGAAUUGAGGGAGAUUUGCAUAUGGCUUUAAUCAGCUGCAUACUGAUUACACUUCAUUACGGGCGCUGUCAGCCACUCCGCUUCUGUUCCGUUAUAGAAGGGAUACGAACUUCUUCUUACUGUAGUUGUUAUGACAAUCAUGGCACAGAGAAAGUGAGAGAGCGAGAGAAACUCCAACUAAGCCGGAGAGAUUGCGAGAGGAGCAACCACAGUGUCAGCGAGCUCAGCUGUGCUCUACACAUGUGCUGUGCUUCUGUGUUGACUUACUGAAAACCGUUUAGUCAAACAGAGACGUCUUUGCUUUGAGCGCUUUGUGUGAAAGGGGUACCGAGCUUGUUGUGAUGCUCGUGGAUACGCCUGAGAAAGCAGGUGCCACAGCUGCUGAUUCUAGAAUGAGUAAUCCAUCGGAAACGAGUAAAUGUGCAAUGGAGAGCGGGGACGAAAACACUGGUGCCCAAACAAAUGGUCUGGACUUUCAGAGACAGACUGUGCAAACAACAAGCGCAAUCACCAACGCACACGCACAGGCCCUGCUCCAACAGUUGACUUUGACUCCAGCGCAGCAGCAGUUAUUGCUGCAGCAGGCCCAGGCUCAGCUAUUUGCAGCAGCCGUGCAGCAUUCGGCCGGCCAGCAGAGCAGCACUACAGGAGCCAGCAUCUCCGCCUCCGCUGCCACGCCCAUCACCCACAUCCCCCUCUCCCAACCCAUCCAGAUCACACCUCAGUUACAGCAGCUGCAACAGCAGCAGAAUCUCAACCUGCAGCAGUUUGUGCUGGUCCAGCCGGGCCACCACAUCGCAACCCAGCUGCAGCCUGCGCAAUUUAUCAUCUCCCAGACGCCACAUGGUCAGCAGAGUCUCAUGCAAGCCCAGAACCUUCUUAAUCAACUACCUCAAAGCCAAGCCAACCUCCUGCAGACCCAGCCAAGCAUCACACUUGCCACACAGCCUGCCACGCCCACUCGUACGAUAGCAGCUACCCCCAUCCAAGCCCUCCCUCACACCCAGACGACACCAAAGCACAUUGACACGCCCACUCUGGAGGAGCCGAGCGACUUGGAGGAGCUAGAGCAGUUUGCCAAGACCUUCAAACAGAGACGUAUCAAACUGGGCUUCACGCAGGGGGAUGUUGGCCUUGCCAUGGGAAAACUUUACGGGAAUGACUUCAGCCAAACCACCAUUUCUCGAUUUGAGGCCUUGAACCUGAGCUUUAAAAACAUGUGCAAACUGAAGCCACUGCUUGAGAAAUGGCUCAAUGAUGCAGUUUGUGCAGAGAAUCAGACGUCUGAUCAGGGCCUGUCCAGUCCCAGCUCUCUUGGCUCGCCUGGGCUGGGCUUGGAGGGCCUGAACCGUCGCCGCAAGAAGAGGACAAGCAUCGAGACCAACAUCAGAGUGGCCUUAGAAAAGAGCUUUCUGGAGCAGAACCAAAAACCUACCUCUGAGGAGAUCACCAUGAUCGCGGACCAGCUCAACAUGGAAAAAGAGGUGAUCCGAGUAUGGUUCUGUAACCGCAGGCAGAAAGAGAAGAGGAUCAACCCACCCAGCAGUGGCAGUGCCGCCAGCACCCCCAUCAAAGCGAUCUUCCCUCCUACCACUCUGGCCAGUCUUGUGACCAGUAACGUGCCGACUACAAUGACUGUAAACCCUAUUUUGCCUCUCACCAGCACUAGUGUCUCCAGCGUCAGUUUCACUGGUUCGACUAUUGGCUCGGCCACCACUAACACUGCGUCCGUCAUCUCCACUGCACCUGUGAUCACUACCGCAGCAUCCUCUCCGUCACUCAGCCCUUCUCCCACGGUGCCACAGACGACCUCAGCGGAGCAGUUGUCGCCUCAGGAGAUUGUGACUGCGGUUAGUCAGGCACCUUCCUCCCUGGCAUCCACUUUCGGCACCGGUCAGGUGAUGGUGGCCUCCAGCCUCUCUGCGGCUUUGCAAGGUGCUGGCCAGCUGCCCACCAGUGCCAGCCUUGCCGCUAUGGCUGCUGCCGCGGGGCUCAAUCCUGGGCUCAUGGCAUCCUCGCAAUUUGCUCCUGGUGGGGCUCUUCUAAGUUUGGCACCUGGUGGUCUCGGGAGCGGUCUGAGUCCAGCACUAUUGAGCAACAGCACCUUGGCCACAAUCCAAGGUGUGUGGAGCGCUCUGGCGUCUAGUGGCUCUCUGCCUAUUACAUCUCUGGAUGGGAGCGGGAAUCUGCUGUUUGCGAACACCUGCGCAGGCAGUACCCCAAAUCUUAUGACGACGCCCCUGUUUCUGAACCCUCAGAACCUGUCACUGCUGGCCAGUAACCCGGUCAGCCUGGUUUCUGCAGGUGGGGCAUCGGGUGCCUCUGGGGCCCUCAAUCUGCACAUAAGCGCUGAUGCCCACCAGAAUGCAGUUACCACGGCAACUAUGCCCGCCUCCACCAUCACCACAGCCUCAAAGGCCCAGUGAAAGCUUUACCCACUCUUCUCCUCUUCUUUACGCUUACUCUUCAUCAACUCUCUUGCUACCACCAAAAACAAACCCACAUAGACUUAAUGUCGAUGUUUUAACUUUUAAUGGUUACGUUUGUAUCUUCUUUUCACAUAUCUUUUACACCUUAAUGAUGUUAUGGACCUCACUUUUUAGCAACUAUAAGCGAAUGUUGGCAUCUCCAUAGGGCUUGCAUCAGGAGAGAGGAAACCUCCCUGGACAUUGUGCCAAGUCUCUCUGUGCGAUGGAAAGACAUAUUCGGCUCAUUCUUCGCUCCCAUUCUCACAUUAUACCUGCAACUCUCUUCAGAAGAUCUUCUGAAAUGCUUUAAACCAAAAAACUUUGUUUACUCUGUUGAAUGAUACCUUCUUAACCCCAAGAGUAGCCCACAUCUUCCUCACAUAGAUAAAGAACACCUUAUGUUCUUGUAUAGACGUUCUAGUCUCUUUCCACUGGAGAUCCUGCUUUACAGGCUUUUUUACAAGUUUUCCUUUAAAUGCACCGUUUUUUUGUAUCAAGCAGUUGGUUAGCUUUAUGUCCUGUAUCUUACUAACUUGUGGUUACAAGGCUUUAACGGAGUAAUAAGCGGCUGUGAUGCGGUUUCAUUGCUUUAAGGAAUCGUUUGACAGGCCUUUCUUUCUAGAAACACUUCUAGAUUCUGUUUUUUUGUAGUUUACUCUGUAGUGGCAGACUGUAAGUCUGGGUCUGAAUCCAGUCACAGGCUAACUUAACACUAAAAGCUUUAAGGAAUCGUGUGAUUAUCUAUCGAGGGGGAUUUGUUGGGCCGUAGCGUUUAUUCUCUGUAAUUGUAAAACGUAAGGAACGUGUGUACUGAGAUCUCACAAACCUUACGUGGCUUUACUUUGCAGGACUGUGUAACCCCGUAAGGUAAACCUCCUCAAGGUCUUCCUAGCAAGGGAUGUACUUUUGGUAAAGCGAAAGUGUAGGUCAUGUGAGAGAGUUAAGGUGGAUGAUGUUCUUUUUUUUUUUAAGUGUUUGAUUUUCUACUUGUGCACAGUAUCUGUACCAAAAAAACUGGAUUUGAGAACUGCAUUCUGCUGAGUUGGAGCAGAACUCCUGUCACGCUUUAAGAGGUCUUUAUUUCAGAGGUCUUUGUAUUGCCUCUCUUUGAAGAUAUACCAAAAAUCUUUGUUAUACCUGUUGCUGUAUAUUGCUGUUGUAGCGUAGUUGACGCCUAAAUAUUUAUGAGCGAUGGCUCUCGGUAGACCACAGGAAUUAUAAUGCAAUAUUUUAAAAGUUUUUCCAAAGACUACAAUUUUUUUUUUUCUUUUCAUUCCUUUCAUUUUCUAAUAUUAUUUUUAAAACGAUGGCUGUCCUUCCUCAAUUUUGUAUAGUGUCAGUGGAACUAACUAGAUCUGGGGUGCCACAGCAAGAUCAUGGAGUACCAGCAUGAGAACAGGAAUUGUCCCUUUCACUGAUCAUUUGAGUGGGCCAAAUAUAGACCGAAAAUUGAGUCUGUCCAGUUAAAUAUAAAAAAAAAACAGAGAUGGGUUCUUGAAACUAAUGCCAUUAUGUUCAGGCCUCGCAGGCUUUUAAAUAUUUUCCCUUAUUUGUAAUCAAAAGGUGGCAGACUCGGUCCUCAGUAAUCUUAAAUCAGGGCCAUCGCUUCAAUUUACGGGCACUAUAUAUAUUUUUUUAUAGGUGUCCCUUCCUGGGGCCCAAUGAGAAGGUUAUACCAUAUAAAACAUUAGUUGGUCCCUUUCGUCACUGGGGGCGGAUUUUUUUUUCAGUCGUCUGGAAGCAGAAUUGAAUUUUAGCCGAAUGUUUUUUUUCCCGACCAAUGAAAUGCAGCCAUGAUGUAAAGCUUGAACCAAAGUCGUAUUCUCGCUAGCUGCUGUGCCUGUGUGGACCAGCGCAGAUCUGACCACACUUUCACUACUCACUACUGACAAAACUUUGCCAUCUAUUACACUUCUUUUACACAAAUUGUCCAACGGAUGGCAUUUGGCUUCAUAAAGAAAAAUAGCGCAGCGUUAACUUAUUUUAGCUCUUGAUAUCGACGCAUUUAAUGAUCCAAAGAGAAACUAAAGGGCCUUGUGUUUAAGUGCUGUUGUGAUUUCGGGAGUCCUUGGUCCUUCAUUUCAUUUUUCUCCCUUCUUUGUAAUCUAGGUUUUGGAAGAACCCAGAUGCUUCAGUGGUGCUGCCUAGCCAAAACAUUUUCACGAGUGUAUAGCAAUAGAAAUAAUACCACCAAGUCUAAGGAGAACCUGUGGAUGUGCUAAAGGCUCAGGAGCUUUAGUUGGCAUGCAUGACAAGAAGGUGAAUUUUAAGCAUAGCAUUGGUACAUUCUUUAAAUAUGUUUUUGUUAAAGAAAAGUAGAGCUAGGUGUAUUGUGAGAAUUACAUUAGUAUUUCAUCUGUAGCAUUCCUGUUAACUUUCUUGAAUUGUCACAGAGAAGUCGGCAUCUCUCCCGUUGUCCCUAUUAUUGUGGCCCUGUCUGUCAGUUCUUUACACAUGGUGUUUAUUUGUGUUGUUUAUAUAAUUUGAAAUACCUCAACAGCACUUACAUGAAAGGUUCACUUUGCGCAAGACACCAGUAAACUUCAGAAUGUACAGAAGCUGUUUGUAACAGUGUACAACUACAAACGUAAUAGAAGUGAAAAAUCUGUAAUAAUAAUGUCUCACAAGUCUACUACUGCUAUUUCAAGUACUACUACUUAAAGGGUAUUUCCAGGUUAACUUGUAAUGAAUAUUUUGUUAUCCUACUUGCCAAAGUAAAAAAAGCCUUCGUCUUUGCGGCUGGGUCUUGUUGCUGCUCAUUACGCUGGUUCUGUCCGGAGGUUUCAACGUAGCCUCUCUGGACAUGUCGAUUUUUGUUGUUUUUUCGCAGUAGUGUCAUGACCCGGUAGUGCCGGGACUGUGGGGAGUUACUGAUAUAUUUAUCUGAGGUAUGACUCAAAAGAUUAGAGAACUUCUUUUCUAAUUUCUAUAUAUAUUCACUUAUGUAAGAUGCUCAUAUUUUAUAUUUGAACUAAUAUCUAGUUUGAAUGUAGUGUUUUUGUCAUGCUUAUUCACUAAAAAGAAAACGUAACAAAAAAAACUUCAUUUAUAUUAUAGCUAUUCUUAAAAAAUAAAAAACAAAGUCUAGACCAAAAAUUUAAACCACACCCUUGUGAUAUGGGAGGGGCUGUCAUGUUCCCCAUCCACAUUGAGGUGUGGUUUGUUCGAGUGGGAGGGGCUUGCGAUGGUGCUCCUAAAGAAAGCUCCCAGCUUUUGUUGACGCUAGGGAAAAAGACUUGAUAGCACCAAACUACUUUUACUUUUUUCUUUGCUUUUAUGAGUUUAUUUUGCCAUUGUUGCUUUUUAACAAUCUUUAACAAUCAUUUAAAUUUACUUUAUGCCUUUGUUUGUUUGUUUGUUUGUUUAUAUCAUAAGGGAGCAACGUCACUGGCUUUCUUAGUUUGAUGACAAAACUCAAAUUUAUCAUUUAUGCCUUAUUAUUAUUUCAGACGUUUGACACGUUGUAGCAAUUUGUAGUGCGUGUGGUUGAUGUGAAAGGUGGUUUUGUUCUGAAUGCGUGUGCGCAUGUGAAAGAUGAUGCAACCAAGCAUGCACCAAUGUCAAAACUCACGGUGCAUAUCGACCAUGAAAAUAACGCUGUGAGUUUAAUUUGUGUGUUGUGAUAUUUUGGAAGUGUUCAGCUACCUAUUAUGGUAGGUAUAAUUCAAGCCGGUUGGAUACCUGUUGAAAAGCUUUACUAAUAACUCCAGCUGGUUUGUGGGGUGUCGGCGUUUAUUACUGGUGAUGCAUUUCUUUUGAAAGGUUAGGGUCUUUCUGACAAAAUAAUUCGGGAAUACAGAUCACGUAUGGCGUGUUUUGAAAGUAAAGCAUUUUUAGCAUCAUUAUCGUUGGAUGUAAUUGACCACUUGCCUGUAAAUUUGAACCUGUGAUCACGAGAUGUUUCAGGUGAGAUGUAGAACCUGGCCAACAGCCUCCUGUUUUUUGGCACUUGAUUUUGGCUCGUGUGGAUGCUCUGACUUGUGAUUGGGUAGUUUCUCGAUUGUAGUGGGGUUCACUGCUGACCCUUAGUCUAGUGACAAAAUGGGAUAGUUGCAGAAGAGGUCAUGCACCAGAAACGCGUGAGAGAGGAGGUCUGAGUAAAGGAGCUGUUGUAUACCUCAUUUAUAACUCGAAACUGAGUAAAACCUGCUUUAGUCUACUUCUAAAGAUAAAAGGAAAUAAUGAACUGUUCCAAAACAGAAGCCUGCAGAUGUCCGUUUAUUGAUUGGAGUGAGGAACCAUGCGGAUACCCAGAAAGCACACAAACUCGCAAACCCUAAUUCCAGACAUUAGUUGCGCAUCCCACUUUUAUUGUAUAUUUUGCUUUAUGCUAAUUUAAGUUCACACUGUAGCCAUUUUGUACCAAAGCUUGUUUAUGAUUUGACAAUCGUCGUCCUUAUAAACCCCUUGAUCCUCUGGUGCGGGUUUUGUGCGUUUGUGUGUUUUGCUUUCUUCUGGGUUGAUGGUCUGCUUGUUUCUCACCUUCCCUGUGGUAACCAAAGACUUUCAUAGUGAUUGUAUGGACUAAACUCUUCUCGUAACCCUGCCUCAACCAUCAGCAUGGGAUUUGAGAUUGUCGGUCACACGUUUGCUGUGUGGGCGGGGCUUAGUAGAAAGAGGAAGAAAAACAGCUCUGCUGGCUUCUUGAAAGGAUUUCUUAAAAGUAACCCCUCAUGGGCUGGGUGAUGUUUUUUAAUACACGCUGAAGGAUGUCCUGAGCUCACUGCAAACUGCUCAGGAUAAACUGUUCUCUGGAGUUACACUUUCUGUGGCUACAGCAAGGCAACACUGUUUUUGUCUACACACAAUACAUGCAAUGUCUCUCCAUAGUUAAAUCUUUUAGAUGCUGUCAUCCUGUGGUUUCUGUGUCUGUGUAGUUUUUUUUAGCUUUGCUGUUUCCACUCUCAUGAUUUCAAUUGGUUUGAUCGAUCAGCCGUGGAACUAUGCAUCCUUGUUCUCCAUCCUGCAGGGGUGGCGUCAGAUCGACACGUCUUUUCAGACGGGUCUCAUCGUUUUAUGCUGAGUAAAAGAAACUAUAAGCUCUAUCCCAAAGCAAAAAUCCAAAUAUGAAAUGUUUUACAAAUGCAGAUACCAAAGAAUACUGUUCAUUUUUCUUCUUCCUCACCAAACCCUUCAGCUUGUGUGUUAAGAAACAGAACCCAGCUCUGGCAGUAGUCCUAACCUCAGUAAUUCCAAAGCUUAGAUGUAUAUUUUGGUAUUUUUCUGAGAUGCUUAUUGGGAAAAAACGUUUGUCGUUUAAAUUUUCUUGUUUGUUGGAUCUGUUGCUCUUUUUCUGUCACAGCAUGGAAUUAACUGCAAAACUGUCUUACUGUAGGUUAAAGAAAUAGUAUUUUUGUAUGUUUUUGGAUGUGUCGAUGUAUGUGAUAUCAGUUUCACUGCCCAAGUUAUCAUUGUUUUUAAAACAAAAGACAGAAAAUAGUUAAGUAAAAAUGUGUACAUAAAACUUCUAGUCAAAGAUUUCAAAAGAAAUCUCUCUAUACUCUCAUUUUCAGAUUUCCUACAGCUGAAGUUCAAGGAAUUUCAUUAACACCCUGUCACAUACUGUAGAUUGUUUUCUGAUAUCUUUCUUCAGGACCUGUAACUCACUGUUGUCAUAGUGAUGAUUGGUUAGGUUAUGGUUAUCACUACAAACCAGAACACUUAUGCCACUCGUGGCAGGUUAGCAAGUGAACAUACCCAAAACUGAACGCUAAAUGGCUACAUUACUGUAGCUAAGAAUGAUUGUGUAGAUUACAAGUAUGUGAAUCAGGAUUACAUGGUAGAUUUGAUGCAUUUGUCUGCUGUAUUUUUUUUUAUAUAUAUAAAGAUAAUCUUUUACUGUAUAUGUACAGUUCCUUUUUGUUGUAAACAUCAUUAAACCAUUUUCCAAGUGUUUUAAUAUUCUAA